CUAAAAAUACGCAUGUCUGUGACAUAGGCUGAACUCAAAACUACCGUUUGUUUAUUCGCAAUGCGGGAUUGCGCCGAAUGUAAUUAGGCACGUAUUGAAGAAUUUAUCCUUUUUAUACAAUGUUAAAUAGCUGGAACUUUAACAAUUUGAGCGAGCGAAAGUUUUCAUUUUAAUUUUCACAGAUAAAGAAGCAAUUUGCCUAGCUCUAACUGCGUGGCAACUUUUAGCCCCGCAAGCUUUAAGUUUCGGUUUCGAUCUCGAUCGGUCUUGAGAGGAAGUUAGUUCGCUGGGUGGAAAAGCUACGGCUAUCGGCUUGGCUUAUUGUAUUAAUAAUAACAUCAAUUCGCAGUGUGAAUGAGGGAAAUAACUGCGAUGUUUAAUGUACUUCUGAAAGUCGUUCUCUUGACGAGUGUUUUGACAUCACCGAUUCUAGCAGAAGAUAAGACGAUCUAUGCACUGCUUGGAGGAGAAAUAGUUUUAUUCCCAGAGCCAUUCUCUGGGACACUCAAACGGGUCGUAUGGAAACAGGGGGAUGACAAAGCAGCCGAAUGGGAGGAGGGCCCCAUUGAAUGUUAUCGCGAAUUCAAAGGUCGCACAACACUGGAUACAGGAACCGGAACAAUGACAUUGAAAGACUUAACAGCAAGUUUCAGUGGAAUAUAUUUGGCUGAAAUAAAUGGCAAACAAGCUUCAAAGACAUCAGAGCUCCGCGUAAUCGGACGUGUUUCCCCACCGAACACUGCUAAAGAGUGCGAUACCAAAACCGAGUGCACUUUGCACUGUAAGGGUGAGAACACCACUGAUGGUCGUUAUGCAUGGAUAAAGGAUGUUGUUGAAUUGCCGUCCUCCAGUAGCAGCCUGACCGUUCAGCUCGAUGGAGUGUAUGAUAGCAGUUACACCUGUAAAUAUAGCAACCCCGUGUCCUCUGCUCUGGGUGAGCCACUAAUCCCAUUUCCAUCUACACAUUCACCUGGAACUAUAGCUGGUAUUAUAUGUGGUGCUGCACUGCUGCUGGCUGCUGCUGUGUGUGGUGGACUUGCUUACAAAUUGAAGUACAAACCACCGUGCAUAAAGAAGACUGGAGAUGAAAAUACAGGAGCGAAAGAUGGGCGUGCAGAGGAGUCAAAAGCGUGCAUAAAGAAGACUGGAGAUGAAAAUACAGGAGCGAAAGAUGGGCGUGCAGAGGAGUCAAAAGCGUGCAUAAAGAAGACUGGAGAUGAAAAUACAGGAGCGAAAGAUGGGCGUGCAGAGGAGUCAAAAGCGUGCAUAAAGAAGACUGGAGAUGAAAAUACAGGAGCGAAAGAUGGGCGUGCAGAGGAGUCAAAAGCUGACCCUGAAAAAGCAAAUAAUGGUGCUGAUGCUGGAGAUAACCCCUAUGAAAACUAGUAACAAGCAGGACAUGCUCCCAGGGGACACUGGAAAACUGCUGAAGGCCAAAAAUCGCAGCAGAUACACUUCAAUCAUACUGGGUAGACUGGUGCUGAACAGGCAGAUCAACAGAUCGAUCAUUCAUAUAUAUAUAUAUAUAUAUA